AAGCAGACACUGUUUUUUCAUCUGUGUGAUUUUGACAAAGAUCAGACCACAUUCGAUGGUGAUUUUAUGCAGAAAUGUGAACAUUUCCAAAAGGUUCGGAUACUUUUUCAAAUGUAGAUGAGUUAUGUCAUAUUCACUAAUGCCACUAGAGCGUAGUACAGUGAUACCUCAGCUCACGAACGCUUAAGCUCACGAACUUUUCGCCUCAAGAACAUUAAAUUCGCGAGCAUAUAGUCUCUGCUGACGAACUAGUUUUCGGCGGACGAACCAAACCACGCGGUCGAACAGCGCCACGAGAAGCUGACGCACGCUCACGGCGUCCCAGUUCGUCCGCUCCCUUUCGUUGAGUGCGGGCGUGGUUUGUGUUUGAUAGACAUUUUGGACCAUAUUGAGUGUACUUUUGCUAUUAUGGGACCGAAAAAGAGUUACCUACAGUCAUUAUGGAAGGUGACUCGUGUUACCAAUUCGCCCUCGACUGGUAAUUGGCGGUGCUUUCAGCUUCCCACCGUAGUGAGAAGUGGACCGGCGAGUCACGUUGGCUCGUUGUCGUCGCUUGUCUUCGGUUCGCCCGAUUUCCUCUCCAGAAAGGUGGCGGCGUGCAUACAAACACCCAGAGGCGUCGGAUGGCUUUUUGUGGGCACUUUUAUUAACAACCAAAAGCAUGUGUGGGACACAGCGCUGGAGUCUACGCUAACUGCGCACUUUGCCGGUAACACUCUCCUUCCAAACAGUAACUCCCUCCCUCCCUCCUCCUCCCACUCCAUUCCAUCAAGCCAUCAACUACCAUCACAAAGUUCCCGACGGUGGAACCAUUUUUUCCCGUGACACGACCUUCACCCUUCGUUGGCUUUGAUUCCAGCGCCCGCUCGCCGCCGCAGAACAUCAAAACCGACAAUAGGCUCCGCCUCCUCCUCCUCUACCGCGUGCUAACCCUGCUUCUGGCACUCAGAGUCAACGCACUGCAUCGUGGGAAAUCAUCCAGAAGCGCUCCUCAAUGGGCCGGACCACCUGCUGACCAACCGGGGGUGGGGGUGUUGGACGUCCUUAAAUUGAAAUGAGGACUGUGAGGCGGGAGGCUCGCAGGGCGAUGAUUCCACAUGAAGCGCCACACACUCGGCCCCCCGUCGUCCUCGGCGGCAGCAGCAGGUUAGUCAACAAGUAGAAGGAGUGCGAAAAGUCAAAGACUGGAAAACGGAGACUUGAGGAUCAGGAAAGUAUUUGAGGAUGAAGUCCAAUCAUGAACGCAGUAAUGAAUGUCUGCCCCCGAAGAAGAGGGAGAUUCCCCCUAGCACGCUACCCUCAGAAAGCCGUUCCCCGAUGGCACCGCCCCCCGCCAGCGAGCUCCAGGCCCCCGAGAAUGUAGCCUGGCCAGUGUUGGGCGGGAACGGUAGCGCCGUGGGCGUCUCCCGUAGCGCAGCUCAGUCAGACGCCCCCAAGUACAAAUCCUUGAGCGCCGCGUCCGACUCGGUGAGGCUCGUUUCGUCCCUUCCCGCCGUCUACACGUCCCCCAUCUCUCAAAGCCAGUUGGGAGGGACUGUGCACUACGCCCAACUGCCGCCCAAUCUUCAGUUCAUCGCCUCGCCUUACAGCGCCCCCUACGCCGGCUUCGUUGGCCCUCACCUUCUCCCACCUCCCCCUCCGCCGCCGCCCCUCUCCUCCUCCUCUUGUCAGAGGUCGUCCUCACACCCCGAAAUGCAUUCGUCUUCGUUGGCCACCGCCAAAUACGACCAUCAGCGAGCGUCCGUCCGGUACGCCUCCACCAUGCCCCCGCCACCCACAUCCAUGCACCACCAUCACACCUCAGGUGCGCACUACACGGACCGAGGAACUGCCAGAAAAGAGGAGGGAGUCUCGAGCUCCAAGGAGCUUCACAACGGGGGACUGGAUCGGAGUCGGCGUUUCGGCGCCACGCCGGAGAAUGCUGUCAAAUUGCGUGACGCCUACGAGGCCCUCCAGCUGGUUCUCCCGAUGGACUAUGCUCAUGACCCCUCCGCUCCGAGAACAUCGGUCAUGCUCGUGCCAGACGGUCAUGAGGACAGGCGUCCUGUGCCGUCCUGUGGCAGCCCCGGGAAGACGCGCCAGGAGAAAGGCAGCAUCGUCCUGGGAAAACCAGUCACCCGAAGCCCUUCAUCCUCUAACCACGCUUUCGUGUUUCCCCCACCCUUAAGCAUAGACAAUCUAAAAACUACUAUCAACCCUCUGUCUCCACAGACUGUUAUACAGACCACUCACAACUCUACGGUAGAAUCUCUCCCAAUGGGGGCUACUGCCAUUUACCCCCAGUCCCCGGUGAUAGGUUACAUAGCAGGGACUGGCGGCAGCCAGCACGCGCCAAUCACCUACCACCCCGGCCUUCAGCAACACGUGCUUAUCACGGGUACGCAGCCGGUAAUCAUCCCAGUCAGUGGGACUUCCACUCCAGACCCCCCCACAUCGUCCGCCGAGACUCACCGAGGAGAAGAAACUCCAGAUAAUCCCAGAAGCUCUUACCACCGGGCCACCUCGGGCGCAGUGAUUCAAGCCCAGCUCCACCUUCCCGCGGUUCCGGCGCCCCCUCUGAGCGGGUCAGAAGCGCCCCAGUCUUUACCAGCGUAUUUCGUCAAGGGAUCCAUCAUCCAGCUGGCGGAUGGCGAGCUGAAGCGUGUGGAGGAGCUAAAAACGGAGGACUUCAUCCAGAGCGCCGAGAUCAGCAGUGAGCUGAAAAUCGACUCGUCCACGGUGGAGCGCAUCGACGGUAGCCGGGCCUCGCCUGAUUUUGCCGUGGUUCAAUUCUCCGUAGGCGAGCACCGUUCCCAGGUGAGCGUGGAGGUCUUGGUGGAGUAUCCUUUCUUCGUCUUUGGCCAAGGAUGGUCGUCGUGCUGCCCGGACCGAACCACCCAACUCCUGGAGCUGCCUUGCACAAAGCUUUCCGUGGGUGACGUCUGUAUUUCGCUCACCCUCAAGAACCUGAGGAACGGAUCCCUGACCAAGAGUCACCCCUCGGAGCCGGUCCUCUCUUCCUUGGCUGCCGAUCAAGGGCACCUCUUCCGAGCCCCCGAGACUGUCGGCGGAGGAGGGGAGCGGGAGAACGGAGUGGAUCCGACGGGUAGCUUCGAUGCCUUGGAAAACGGGGAUCUCGGGUCGAGUGAAAGAGGAUCCGUUUUGAGAGCGGACCCCGGGAAGCUGUGCAGUGGCGGCAGGAAGCGGAGGUGGUCUGCGCCUGAAGGUCGGAAAGUGGAAAAACCUGAGGAGCCGCCCUUGACCUUAGUUAAACCGUCUUUUAUUCCUCAUGACAUCAAAGUCACCAUUGAGGGAAGGUCAAAUAUCGGCAAAUGAAGAAAAAUCGGGAUCACUUGUAGAACAGUCAAUGCCCACUUUUUUUGUUUUGUUUUACCUUGAGUACUGUACUGUGGAGACAACAACACUCUACACGUUAUCACUUUAAGUCGUAGUCCGACACGAUCUGUGCAGUUUUUCACACGAGAUGGCCCAUGUUAGCUCGUAGCACGUUAGCGUGACUUGGCAAUCGAGAGAGAGAAAGAGAGGGAACAACAAAUGUUGCUAUCUUAGCUUUUAGCCUUUGGCUGAGUUUUGAUCCUUCAUAUUCUUCUGUCUCACCAGUUUUUAAUGAUUGUCAAAUGAAUCUGAAUCAGGGGUUGUAAAAAGUCACGGGUGGAACUGUGACAGGUCAAUGUUGCUUUUAUAAAAUAGAUAUCAAACUUUGUACAAAUGCAAACACACUGGGGUUGGCGAAUGUUCGUGUUUGGUGAUAAAAUCUUACUUUAUAUUUUUGUAAUGAGAUUGAACGAGGCGGUCUGUGAAGAGUUUGGCUUUUACUUCUUUUUAAAGCAGUACUGUACGUUUGUCGGGGGGCGUAACAAGUAGCAGCAGCAGCACUUUGGCGAGCAACGCGGGGGGCCGAGUCGUCGGGGUUUUUCGUUCCCGCCGAUGUGCCUCCAAAAAGAUGGAAUGGAUGAAUUUCUAUGACGAAAAGCUCGCGGCGGUGCGAGUUUUGAAGGAUGUCUUUGUGUGCAAAAUGUCUGUCUAUACAAACACGUCAACUCGAAAGCCAUCCCACUAAUUGGAUGUAUGUACUGUAUUUGUGAUGCGGGUGUAUGGAGGCGCUUAUGUUUUGGUGCGUUUUGUCCCACGACGGACAGCUUUUUCAUCGUCACGCACACUUGUAGUUGUACAGUACAGUUGCACAGUGCUACAGUAUGUGCUGUGUUUGCUUAUGUAUACUGUGUAUAAACAAAUAAUACCCUCACUUAAUAACUAUAAAUAUACUGCAUAUGUAUAGAGAAGAAGAAUGAGACGAUGUUCAGUGUUUCCGUGUUGGAAUCUUUAAAGAGAAUCUUGCAGUUUGCACAUCAAGAGGAAAGGAAUCGGAUGUUUUGUGGAGGUUUUUUGUUGUUGUUGUUGUUAUUGUUUUGGCGGACCCUAUUUCUUGGACAAGCCAAACACUGGAGCAGUCCCAGUUUAUCUAAUCAUUAAUGUUCUAGGUACACAGCGGUAUCAUAGGGGGCAGCCAAGGGUGAAGCAACCCAUGUGCCAACCAACGAGUCAUUGAUGGUCUUGGAGUGCGACACUUGUUGGCUCCCACUUUUUUGACUAGAUAGUGGUAAGCUAGGAAUUAGUUGGUACCUGGAUGUGACCCUAAGGGUGCUUUCACACUAGCACUGUUUGGUCCGUUUUAAACGAACCAGAGUUCUUUUUCUCAGAUAGUCUGCUUUGUUUCGUAAAUGUGAACGCGCAUCCGAACUCUAGUUCGCACCAACAAACAAACUUUAUUCUGCUCAAAAAUCGUAGGUCGGGGUGCGCUUUAAACCCUGCUUUGCUUGCGAAUACAAGCGGAGCAGGUUGCGCUUAUGCUACAUUACGUGCAGAGGCUGUGAUGCUCCACGCUCCCUCCCUACCAGGGGGAAGGUAUUCCCUCUUCUAAAUUUGAGUGCGCCUUUUGUCCACGUGACGCUACUCAGAAAAGUUGGUUGGCACAGUGUGAAUACUGAACCUUUAUAACAAGUCAUUUGCAAAUGUUGUUGCGAGGUAGCUCUCCAACCGGACCCAGGUCCUCCUGGGUCUAAUGUGAAAGUGCCCUAGACCUAGUUUUGAAAAUCCAUGAGCACCUAAGGGUAACCUGGAAGAGAACUAAGGGACAAAAAAAAAAAAAAAAACAGAUUUUUACUGUCUUACCCCUCUUCAUUGGUUCAUUGUUUGGGCUUGUUCAAUAAGCAAGCUAGGAGUCACCAAGGAUGUGACCUGAGAGCAAUGACUCUGGGACAAAACUAGGGCUCAGUUUAGGAGGCAAUUAUUGGGAACUACCUGGGAACAACUACUACUAAAUGAUCAUUGGGCAUCUGAGGGUGACUCUGGGCGCAUCACAGAGGGUAAAGCAGGAGAGACCUAGCUGGCUUAGUAGGAGUAACUCCAGGGGGCACUGGGGGUAACCAAAGGGAAUUUCUGGGGCCAAAACUGGGCUCGAUCAAUUAGCUACUGGUAGUGUGUUCUAACUGUCACCCUGCCCCACUUUGUACUCGUUUUGUGGCUUUUUAAAGUAAGUAAACAGACACAGGGCCGCAAGGUGGAUGACAGGGUAACCUCACAGUCCUGAAAUCAAGGGUUCAAGGGCCUUCUUGUGUGGAAUUUGCACGUUCUCCCUGUUCUUGAGUGGUUUUCUCUGGGUAUAUAUGAUUGAAUGCUGUCCACGGGGCGGCGGUUGUUUGUCUUUUUGUGCUUUGCAAUCAGCUGACAACCAGUUGAGGUUGUACCUUGCACAGAUAGAUUGGUGGAUAUAGCUGGCAGUGGUGACAGCAAGUGUGGAGUGGAUAUGUAUGUGACUUUGGUAGGAGUUAAAAAAUACAGGGUUCCUCUUUGCUUUUCAAGUCUGACUGAGCGGAAGUCAUUUUGAUGCCUUGUGUGAAUUGAGAGCGUACUCCGAUUUUGUAAGAAAAAAUCUAUGUCCCCAAUGGAAAAUGUAAUCCAAUCAAUCAGUCUCUUCGAACCUCUAAAGAUUUUACUUUUCAGGUUGAAAACACACACACAAUGCUACUAAUGGAGCCAAAGCCAAGUCAUGCUUGCGUCGCUAUGGUUACCUAAGAAAGCAAUAUCAUGCACUUUGCUUGUGUAUGUUAUGUACACACACACAUGGAAUCAUUCCACUGGAGUAGUUGGCAAUAAACAUUUCAAUGGUGAUCCUCCAGCAACCAAAACCUUCACGACAAAAGAAAAUUUUACGAAUCGUCGUUUUCAGGGAUCUGUCCUCGUAUAUAUGCAGUAAGUCGACGCGACCCCCGCAAACCUCCCGUCAGAGUUCUGCACCUGACAAGACGCCCUCCUACAGGGGGCGUGACUUAAAUCCUCAAUAACCGUUAGCUACCUUUGCUGUAGUGGCGUAGCAAGGGCCCUAAAGGGCCCCUCACCUGGGUUCAGAAUUUCAAGGGUGUAUGUUUCAAGAAAACAGAAUAGUUGUCGUGGUAACCUUAGGUUAAAAUGGUGCCAAAUUACAGUAGAGGGCAACCUGGGAAGGACUCUUGGAAUACGUAGGAUCUACUAGGGGAUUAUUUUGGGAGCAACCUUGGGGUUGACGUGUGGGUCAGCUUGGAACUACUUCGGGGUGAACGAGUUAUUUGAGGGAAACCCAGAGCUAUCUGGGCGAAACGCACAGGGCAACUAGAAAGUACCUGGGGACAAACUAGAGAGUGACUCGGGGAGACACCUAGAGACCUAAUCAGUAGCAUUCUGUGGCAAAACUAGAGGGCAGGAACUGCAUUAGGGGGUUUUCAGGUAUUGUUGUAUGAGCCACAUGGGGGAAACCUAGAUGGGCAUCCUAGGAGCUAUAUGGGGGCAACAUCAGGGGCAUUUAAAGGGCACCUGGUGCCAAACUCGGUAACAGGGAGAAACUAGAGGGUAAACAAAAUUAAUCUGUCGAAAACUAGAGGGCAGGAGCUUCAUUGGAGGGGGUUCUUCAGGUAGUGGUAUACUGGGUACCUAGGGGAAACCUAGAAGGCUUUUCUAUGAGCUUUUUGGAGGCAAGGGCACGGCAUCUGGUGGUUGACUUGGGUAGCAACCCAAAGGGUGAUCAGUAGCGAUCUGUGGCAAAACUACAGGGCAGGAACUGCAUUAGGGGGUCUUCGAGUAUUGUUGUACGUGCUUCCUGGGGGAAACCUAGAUGGGCAUCCUAGGAGCUAUCUGGGGGAAACAUCAGGGGCAUUUAGAGGGCACCUGGUGCCAAACUGUAUUAACUUGGGGAGAAACUAGAGGGUAAACAAUAGUAAUCUGUGGAAAAACUAGAGUGCAGGAACUUCAUUGUGUGGGGUUCUUCAGGUUGUGGUAUACAGGGUACUUGGGGGAAACCUAAGAAUGCUUUUCGAGGAGCUUUUUGGGGGCAAAGGCAGGGCACCUGGUGGGUGACUUGGGUAGGGACCUAAAGGGUGAUCAUUCGCGAUCUGCGGCAAAACUAGAGGGCAAGAACUACGUACGUAUAACUUUGAGAAUUCCCAUGAAACAAGUUUGUGUAUGACCCAGAGGUGGUCCUUGGUAGGAGCGACCCGGAAAACCCUCGCUACGCCUCUACUUUGCCGAGCUGCUCUUUUCCUACUAAUUUCACGUUAUUAGUUUAAAUCCCGAAGGCAGUCGACUGUUUCCGAAUGAGCGAAAGGAAAAUGACGAAACUUGACUUUGACGCCUGCCCCUAAGAAACGUCCCAUCAUGUGCAAUAUGAGACAAACUAACGUUCCCCCUUCCUCUGCCGCUUGUGUGCCAAGUCGACGUAGCAUCAUGUUAACCGGUAGCUUGCUUGUUCCCCCCACUCCCCGGCAGGCGGCCUUCCUGCUCUUGCGUGCGUGAAUGGACAAACAUUACUCAAGGUUCAUAGAGACAAACCUCAUUGCCAAAGUGGGGACCACACUUUUAUAUUAAGUCAAAAAUAUAUUAAAAAAAAACGGAAAAAAAAAAAAAAAAAAAAAACGACGAUGCACAUGUGAGUGGAGGUUUUUAAAGACGUUUCAGCACUUUGGAAUCCUAGCGAGGGUGGGUGGUGACUGCUAAUUUAUCUCCAAUGAAUGACAUGAGGGGGUGAAAAAAAUGGAGACAAAAAAAUAAUGGAAUGUAAAUUUUAUUUUUGCAUGUUUGUCACCUCACCAUGUUGGGUAACAACAGUUUUACAUUUAUCUUGUUCACUGCCAUUGACAGAGAUAGAUGCCAAAUCUGUUUGAACUGGGAAGGCUAGCAUUGAAUGAUCAUCUUAUAGCACCUUUGACGGUGAUAAUCGUCCAAUCCAUUAUGGGAGGAGCUGGCAACGAUCGUUCGAUAAUAUUAAUAAAGUACAUCAAAAUAGGACUGGGUAAUAUGACCUAAAAAUAAAAUCCGAUUUUUAUGCGCUAAAUUUGGACUUUUCCCCAAUUUUUUAAAGAAAACAAUAAGAAACAAAAGACAGAGAAAGCACAAAACAAUGGUUAAAUGUUGACUGAAAAAUGGUUCAAUGUUGAUUAAAAGUAACAUAAAAACUUACCUUGUAAAUAUCUUUUUCUCUCUCCCUAUUUGUGCUGUCACCCCCGAAAUAUAUCAUAACUAGACAAACAAACUCUAUUGAAUAACUGAUACCUGAUAAAUUUCCUUUUUGUUAAAAGAACAACACCAAAAAAAAAAAAAAAAACUUGAACGAAUACAUUUGUUGAAUCACUCACAACUAUUGUUGCACCGAUACCAUUUUUUGGGCCCGAUACCGAUACAGAUACCUGGCUGUGCAGUAUCGGCCAAUACCGAUACCAAUCCGAUACCACUCUGUUAGCAAAAAAAAAAAAAGCUCUGAAACAGAAAAUACAACUGUUAUUAAUAUAUAUUUUUUUAUUUGCUAACAAGCAAAAAUAACAUCAUAUAAACAAGCAUUUUAGUGCAUAAUAUUUAUGUGCUUACUUCUUACUGAUCUGAAGAAAUUUUGUAUAUAAGUGCUGAGAACAAUCUUUACUGUUUGUAAAGUGGGGCACACUGUUGAUUGCUGCAGCUUUCUUAACAGCUAUAUUUACCAUAUAAGCAAAACAUCCUAUUUGUGGUCCAUCUGUAACAUGUACUGAAUUAACAGUAUUUGCAGCAUUAUCUAUAGUCACUGGGUAUAGAUUGAUAUGGCCUGCUUAACUUCCAUUCAUCAAUGUAGUAUAUGGACUACGCGUCGCUCAGGGUUUACGCAGCUAAUGGCAUGGGAUCUAAUGUAGCACAUCUAGGGUUGCUAUUUGAUCAUAUCUAGUAUGUGCGCGCGAGAGUUGGCAUGGGAUCUAACAUAGGACAUCUAGGUUGCUAUUUGAUGUUAUCUAGUGUGCGUGCUGCGCCGCAUGAGUGUUGUCUGGCCACAGAAGUCACUUCUGCUCAUUACUGCACAACACAUAUAACAAUCGACUUUCAUAAACAGGACGAGCUUCAAGUACGGCGCUCUUAAUUUGCCACUCAUUGUUCAUCAUGAAACCAUGAGUUUGCUUAGUCUCCCACGGUUUUAACCUUUCUGAUCCCAUCGGCGCUAUAAUAGCAGGCGUUAGCUUACGCAUGCUAAUCGUUUGUGAAUGCCAUGUUAGAUGAGCAGCGUAACAUCGCGGAAAUGCGUUGUAGUUUACAUCCUUAAAAUUGAAGACGAAGGAGUUAAUUUCGUUUGGUAAUUUUGAGACAAAGACAUACAGAUGUCAUGCAUCAGGAUUUGGGAAGUUAGCUCACGUGGGGAGGACAGUACAUUUGCGUUCAAGUUAUGCCAAGAGAUGGUAUCGGCGCCCUAAAUGUUGGUACUCGUCGAUACCGAUACCACCAAUCCGGGCCGGAUCGGCGCCCCCUGCCGAUACUGGUAUCGGUAUCGGUGCAACUUUACUCACAACAAUUGAUUUACAGUGAAUUUUUCAAGCAAAGCUUGUUCUUCUACAGAGAUCCCAGGUGCCAGGGCAGAAAAAAAAAUCAUAGCUAAUAUGUACCCACAGUUCACUAAUAUGUAGCCACGGAUUACUAGACUGUGACUAUAGAUUACUAAACCAGAGGUGUCAAACUGGUCCUCCAAGGGCGGCAAUGGGUGCUGAAUUUCAUUCCAACUAAACGAGAUGAAUACCUUUUCACUUAUCUGGUGUUUUACACGUGUAAUCAGUUAAUUGUCAUCCUGGGCGGCUUGUUCUAGCAGAAACCUCAUUGGUUGAACUAUCUGUUCUGAAUCUGUUGGCACAAAGACCAGGACCCACUGCGGAUCUUUGUGGAAUCGGUUUGACACCCCUGUUACUAAACUGUACCCACAGUUUAGUAAUCUGUGGGUAUAGUUUAGUAAUCUGUACCCACAGUUUGCUAUUCUUUUGCCAUAGAUUACUAAAACUGGGUACAGUAUAGUUAUUUGCACUCACAGUUUAGCAAUGACCCGGACACAAUAGUCCCCAACAUGGUUUGGUGGAGACUCAAAAUGCCUACAAACCAAUCAAGCAGCUGCACAUGAGUUACCUUUCAAAACAACUUGUCAAGUGUGCAGCUGCUUGCUUGGUCCAUAGCCGUUUGGAGUCCCUACCAAACCAAAUUGGUGACUACCAUUUCCGGGUCAUUGCUAAACUGUGUGUACAAAUUAGUAAAUUUAACUGUCCCUACAGAUUACUAAACUGUACCCACAGUUUAGGAAUAUGUGAGUCAAAGUAAACCGUAGCCACAGUAGUAAUCUGUACCGUGGUUAUAGUUUAGUAAUCUGUGGGUACAGUUUAGUAAUCUGGAUACAGUUAAAUUUACCAAUUUGUACCCAUAGUUAGCAAUGACCCGGAAACAAUAGUCCCCAACAUGCUUUGGUCGAGACUCCAAAUACCUACAAACCAAGCAAGCAACUGCACAUGAGUUACCUUUCAAAAUAACGUUGUUCAUCAAGUGUGCAUCUGCUUGCUUGGUCUGUCGGUGUUUGGUGUCUCCACCAAACCAAAUUGGUGACUACCGUUUCCGGGUCAUUGCUAAACUGUGCGCACAAAUUAGUAAACUAAACUGUCCCUACAGAUUACUAAACUGGACCCACAGUUUAGUAAUAUGUGAGUCAAAGUAAACCAUACCCACAGUUUAAUAAUCUGUACCGUGGGUAUAGUUUAGUAAUCUGUGGGUACAGUUUAGUAAUCAGUCCUCACAGUUUAGUAAUCUAUACCCGCAGUUAAGUGAUCUGUGGGUACAGUUAAGUUUACCAAUUUGUACCCAUAGUUUGCAAUGACCCGGAAAGGAUAGUCCCCAACUUGGUUUGGUGAAGACUCCGAAUACCUACAAACCAAGCAAGCAGCUGCACAUGAGUUACCUUUUAAAAUAACGUUUUUCAUCAAGAGUGCAUCUGCUUGCUUGGUCCGUCUUUGUUUGGAGUUUCUACCAAACUAAUUGGUGACUACCGUUUCCUGGUCAUUGCUAAACUGUGGGUACAAAUUAGUAAACUAAACUGUCCUUACAGAUUAAUAAACUGUACUCAGUUUAGUCAUAUGUGAGUCAAAAUAAACCGUAAUAGGGCUGCAGCUAUCGAAUAUUUUAGUAGUCGAUUAAUCAAUGAACUAGUUUGUUCGAAUAAACGAGUAAUCGGAUAAGGAACAUAAAAAAAUUAAAAUACCUAAGCUGAGCCUCAAACGGUAUUAAAAAAAAAUAAAAAAAAUGAGGAUCUAUGUACAACAAAAGAACAAUUGGCUAACGUACAUAGCAAAAAUCCGCUAUCUUAAAUGCUAUAAAAUGCUAACUUUUUUUUAAUGCUCUAAACAAAUGGUUCAGACACAUAUUCCCACAAAAAACAGCUAAAUAUACUUAUAAACUAUUUAACGAAUGCAUUAAAAAAACAUAAGCUCAAACAAAAACUUAUGUUGGUCUUAACAGGGAGCAGCUGGAUUCAGCCAUGUUGAAAUGAGGCAGAGUAGUGGGCAGUGUAUCCACCCAAAUCAAUAAAACUAAAUACAAACACUUUCAAAACAAACCAUUACAACGCCACUUUAAUUAAACGAAUAGUCAAAGCAGCAAAAUUAAAUUCGAAUCUUUUUUUCUAAUCGAAUACUCGAGUUGAACGAUUAAUCGUUGCAGCACUAAACUGUACCCAUAGUUUAGUAAUCUGUAUUGUGGGUAGAUUUUAGUAAUCUGUGGGUACAGUUUAGUAUUCAGUCUUCACAGUUUAGUAAUCUAUACCCACAGUUUAGUAAUAUGUACCUACAGAUCACUAAACUGUGCAAACCAAUUAGUAAUCUGUGGGUACAGUUAAAUUGACUAAUUUGUAUCCAUAAUUAUCAAUGACCCGGAAACGAUAGUCCCCAACGUGGUUUGGUGGAGACUCGAAAUGCCUACAAACCAAGCAAGCAGCUGCACACGAGUCACCUUUCAAAAAAACUUUGUUCGCCAAGUGUGCAGCUGCUUGAUUGGUCCGUCAUUGUUCGGAGUCUCUACUAAACCCACAGUUUAGUAAUCUGUGAGUCAAAGUAAACCAUACACACAGUUAAUAAACUGUACCUACAGUUUAGUAAUCUGUGACUCAAAGAAAAACUGUGCUCCCAGGUAAUAAACUGUACCCACAGUAAACUUUACCCCCAGUUAAUAAACUGUACCCACAGUUUAGUCAUCUGUACCAUGGGUAUAGUUUUAUUAAUACUGUAUGUGGGUACAUUUUAGUAAUCAGUCCUCACAGUUUAGUCAUCUGUACCCACAGUUUAGUAAUAUGUACCCACAGAUCACUAAACUGUGCAGACAGAUUGGUAAUCUGUGGGUGCAGUUAAAUUUACCAAUUUGUACCCAUAGCUAGCAAUGACCCGGAAACGAUAGUCCCAAACAUGGUUUGGCGGCGACACGAAAUGCCUACAAACCAAGCAGCUCAACACGUGUUACCUUUCAAAACAACUUUUUUCAUCAAGUGUGCACCGCUUGCUUGGUCCGUCGUUGUUUGGAGUGUCUACCAAACCUACAGUUUAGUAAUCUGUGACUCAAAGAAAAACUGUACCCCCAGUUAAUAAACUGUACCCGAGUUUAGUAAUCUGUACCGUGGGUUUAGUUUAUGUACCCGCAGAUUAAUAAAUUGUGCAGACAGUUUAGUAAUCUCUGAAUACAGUUUACUAAUUUGCACCCAUCGUUAGCAAUGACCCAGAAACGAUAGUCCCCAGCAUGGUUUGUUGUAGACUCGAAACGCCUACAAACCAAGCAAGCAGCUGCAUUUCAAGUCUCAAACUAUGAUCGUGGGCAGAGAACCCUAAAACAGGCACGUUAGAUGGCGUGUUUAUGGAGUCAAAAGGUUUUAUUUAAUAUACAGCCAUGGGGUCCUUGACGGAGAAAGCCCAGGCAAAGGUACCAAGAGACGUGUGGCGUUGGAGAGAUCCUAGGACAAAGCAAGAAAGGUCGAUGAUCAGAUGAGAUUACUCAGCAAUAUUCACAACGUGAGAAAGCACUAACACAGAACUGAAAGAGACGAUCCAGCGACGUGGUGGAGUUCUGGCUGGUUUAUGUAGGCAGAUGGUGAUUGCUGAAACCUGCCACUGCUCCACCCGUCAAGUGCUGGCCCUGUAAUGCAGUGGUCUCCAAACUAUUCCACAUAGGGCCGCAGUGGGCGCAGGAUUUCAUUCCAACAAAACAAGACAACACCUAUGCACCAAUCUGGUGUCUUACAAGUGUAAACAGUUGAUUGCAGUCAGGUGCUGCUUGUUUUAGUAGAAACUUCAUUGGUUAAACUGUUGGUACUCGAACGGUUGGAACAAAAACCAGGACCCACAGCGGCCCUUGAGGACCGGUUUGGAGACCCCUGCUGUAAUGGGAAGACAGACACACCCACGCACUUGCCCAGCCCAGGGCCUGACAGUUUGGUCCAUCGGCGUUUGGAGUCCCUACCAAACCAAAUUGGUGACCACCGUUUCUGGGUCAAUUCUAAACUGUUGGUACAAAUUAAUAAACUAAACUGUACCCACAGUACAGUUUAGUAAUCCGUGGGUACAAAUUACUAAACUCUUACUAAACAAAUUACUUAACUGUACCCACAGUUUACUAAUUAACUGUACCCACAGUGUAGUAUAGUUUAGUAAUCUGUUCCCACAGUUUAUUAAUCUGUGGGUACUGUUUAGUAAUCUGUCACCACAGUUUAGUAAUCUGUACCCACAGUUUAGUAUUUACUAAACUGUCCCCACAGUUUAAUAAUCUGUACUGUAGGUACAGUUUAGUAAUCUUUGGGUACAGUUUAGUAAUAUGUCCCCACAGUUUACUAAUUUGUACCCACAGUUUAGCGAUGACCCGGAAACAAGUAUUCUUAUUAUAUUAUCGCACUUUUCUAUCACUGUCAAUGGCUUCUAAUCAUUCAUUUUUUUUGUCUUUCUGUUUUUUACUUUUCAAGCAACCCCCAGAUGAUAAAAUUCAAGAAAACUAACUAAAUGUUGUUUUAUUAUUCCCCACCCCCGUCAAUUUUUUUGCACAUUUUCAGGUGUAACGCCUGUCGUCUUGGACCGCUACCUUUUACAUGAAUGACAAAAGUGGGUGAGCGUUGAUUGAUUUGCUUGAUUGAAAGGGAGGAAACCUGAGAAAAGAAUUAGUUUUCCCUCCGCUUCUUUUAUUUUGCACAUUUGUCUAGCGUAGCAACCACCAUCUUGGAAAUUCUUUUACCAAUGACAAAAUGGCGCUGACGGCGUGUUGUUUGGUGCCAUGCAGACGGCGGCGUACCUUCACGUCGUCGUAGUUUUCUGCUGUUUGUGUGUUUGAAAGUUGGCUAGGAAACCAUCAGUAUCUGGAGUUUUUUUUUUUUUUUUAACGACAAGCGUCCUCAGCUCAGAGGAUCACUUUGUGCUACUUUUUCUUUCUCGCACAACUUCACCAUUUAAAGAAAACGUAAAGGAAAAUAGAGAAUGUUUGCGUAUUGAGGGCAAUAGAUGUCUAAUUGGAAGUCUAUUAGAGAUAAACUCAUUUUGGCUCAUGGCAGAAGAUGAAAAGAACUGUCUAUGGGCGGCCAUGUUGGUAGGGGCGACAUUGCUAUCAAAGUCAAUACAUUGACAUUAAAAUGAAGUCAUAACUAUCUUAUUUCUCAAUCAAUUUUGAAAACAUUAUUUGAUCAAUAUCAAAGCAUCUGCUAUUUACUCAGUGGUUGCCAUUGACGGCGCUGGAUGUCCAAUCUGUUUCAAGUAGGAGGGCACGCAGACCCAACAUUUUCAGAAAGUGACUCAAAUCAACAAAAAAGUGACACUAAAAUGCCUUCAAAUCAACAGGUCACCUGACCUGCAAGUACCCAAAAUGACCGUAUUGAAACUCGAUGUUCAUUAGCUGCCAACCCUCCUGCUCUAAACAGAUUGGACAUAUUCUAGCGAUACUUAUUUCAAUUCACAGCCGAAGGAUGAUGGGACGCCACCCGAUUGGAAGUCUAACACGUCAACGGCACUGAAAGAGUUAAGAAAACCGCAGAAAAGAAAAAUACAUUCUGUGGGCGCUUUUGUUGUGUUUUGAAAUUUAAUCAGGAUUUUUUGUUUGUUUUGUUUUAAUUAUUUGUCCAUAGCGCUGGAUAACCAACUCAGGCAGAAAGGAAAUAAAAAAAAAAGAUAAACAUGUAUAGACCCACUUUAAAUGUUUGAAUCAAUUUCCAAGGUGGGAUGUUUGGCUUGUAUAAGAUGUGUACAUUUAGGAGAAAUAAUUUAAUAUGAUUAACAAUUAUGAUAAUGCAGUAUGUAUGUAUGAUUCUAGAGAUGUCUUUCCCUCCCUCGCCCCCCCUUCACCACUUUUGCACGCCGAGGAACAGGACUUGACGGCUGCUCGCAAAGGACAAUGUGGCCUGCGGGGGGCGCAGUGGUUCCCAGUUUCUACUUUCUUCGCCUUUUCUCUUCUUUUCUUCUUGUUCUCUAGCCACGAAGAAAGCUUGUGGCUGUCUGUAUUUGACGUACGUGUACAAAUGCACCUCUUUGAAAACAAAAUGAAAUCUUGACAUAUCGGAAAUAAACGGGCACUUUGUGGUUUUUGGGGGGUUUGGAACGCUUCUCUGUCAAACGCAUCGUUAGUUACGACAAAGUUCUAUAUUUGGCUUACCUGUCUUAUGAAUGUUAUUGCUGCUUUUUUGUCAAUUUUGUCAAAACGUUGCAAAAAUUAACGUGACACAGGCUUGUGUUUUUAGUCGCCUAAAAGUUCACUGUUGCUCCAUAGACUUCAUGCUAACCGAGUGGAAACACAGACAAAGAGCUUUUCUCAUUGAAAAUUCUUGUGAAUAAAUGCUUAAAUUCCUGAAUUCUUUAUAGAUAUGGACGUAAAACAGUCUCGAUUCUUGGUUAAAAGCAAUCGUUUAUUUGACGUAAAUAUUGCGAACUAUGAUGCUCGUCGGUAAGCAAAUUAGAGGCCGCCAUAUGUAAACAAAGAGCUUUUUCCUCUAAAAAUUCUUGUGAACAAAUGCUUAAAUCCCUUAAUUCUUUAUAGAUAUGGACGUAAAACAGUCUCGAUUCUUGGUUAAAAGCAAAAAAAAAAAAAAUUGUGCAGUUAGCAUUUAUUUGACAUAAAUAUUGCGAACUAUGACGCUAGUCAGAAAGCAAAUUAGCUGCCGCCAAAAAUUCUUGUCAAUAAAUGCUUAAAUACCUGAAUUCUUUAUAGAUAUGGUUGUAAAACAGUCUCGAUUCUUGGUUAAAAGUGAAAAAAAUCGUGCAGUUAGCAUUUAUUUUAUGUAAAUAUUGCGAACUCUGAUGCUAGUCAGCAAAUGUAGCGGCCGCCUUAUGAAAACAAAGAGCUUUUUCCGUUGAAAAGUCUUGUGAAUAAAUGCUUAAAUCCCUGAAUUCUUUAUAGAUAUGGAUGUAAAACAGUCUUGAUUCUUGGUUAAAGGCAAAA